GCCGAAUAAGCUAUUAUGUAAUAAACAAAUAGAGAGGAAGUGAGGGUCAGAGUUGGUUUGAAUUGACUUGAAUUAUUAUAAAGAAAUAUAUUCACCAAGUGAUGAAUCAAUCCAGUUGAAUUGUAAAAUUACAGUACAAUAUUAAAACUGAAAAACAUAUUUAUCAUCAGUUAUCAGAUAACACAACUGAUUAGAAAAAACCAGUGCACAGUAAAGAGAAAGUGUCUACCUAGAUCAUCAUAAUCAUCAUCAUCAUCACCAUAAAUAUCAUCAAAUAACAAAUGACCAAAUUGGAGCAUAUUUUCUCCACGUGGUAUUUUUACCAGUUUCAUCAUUUUCCAACUAAAUAAAAAGUAUCUCUCUCUCUCCUCUCUUCGUCUUUAAAAAAUUUUUUUUUUCUUUCAAGCGCAAGCGUGCCAUGUGCUUCAUCGCUUAACCUAAAUUUUCACAGCUAAAUAUUUUAUUAAAAAUAUUUAUCAAAUUAAAUAACAUUGAAUGUUGUAAAGUUAUUGCAACUGAUUGCAACUUGGUGGUUUGAGUUUCGACAAGGUGACCACAUUUACUGUGAAAUGUAGUUAUUUUUUAACGUGAAAAAUAUUAACAUAUAAUAAAUAAUAAUUGUAAAUUUUUAAUUGAAAUAUUGGAUAAUAUUUAUCAUAAAUAAUUAUAAAUAAUGGAUAUUGAUGAGUAUGAAUCACUACCAACAACUUCAGUUGGAGUAAACAUGACUGCCGGUGCAUUUGCUGGAAUAAUGGAACACUGUGUCAUGUAUCCACUCGACAGUGUCAAGACAAGAAUGCAAGCUUUAACACCAGGACCAGGUGGAGGUGGAAGUGUUCGUGCUGUAUUAACAAGAAUGAUACAAAAAGAAGGUGUUCUCAGGCCUAUCAGAGGAAUGAGUGCAAUGGUUGCUGGUGCUGGACCAGCACAUGCUUUGUAUUUUUCAUGUUAUGAAUUAAUUAAAAAUCGUAUGAUAACAAAUAAUACAUCACAAGUUAAUCAUCUUGUUUAUGGUGUUGCUGGUUGUCUUGCAACUGUUUUACAUGAUGGUAUUAUGAAUCCAGCUGAAGUGGUAAAGCAACGUUUACAAAUGUACAACUCACCAUACAGAGAUGUUAUGAGUUGUUUACGUCAUAUUUAUAAAACAGAAGGUGUAUUUGCAUUUUAUCGAAGUUAUACGACACAAUUGGCUAUGAAUGUGCCAUUUCAAAGUAUGCAUUUUAUUGCGUAUGAAUUUGGACAAUCACUAUUAAAUCCUGAUCAUUCAUAUAAUCCAAAAGCUCAUGUUGUUGCUGGAGCUAUGGCUGGUGCAAUUGCAGCAGCAGCAACAACACCACUUGAUGUAUGCAAAACAGUUUUAAAUACUCAACAAGGUGAUGUUAAAGUACAAGGAAUGGUUGAUGCAUUUAAAACUGUUUAUAAAUAUGGUGGUAUUAAAGGAUAUUUUCGUGGUUUAGAUGCAAGAAUUCUGUAUCAAAUGCCAGCAACUGCAAUAUGCUGGUCAACAUAUGAAUUUUUCAAAUAUAUUUUACAAAAUAAACAUGAUGACUUGCAUUCACUUGUUGAUCAUGAUGAUAAUGGUACUACGAUACCACCAAGUCAAACAACAAUAUCACGAACGACAACGUCAACGUUUCCAGGAACUGGAAUAUUUAAUAGCAAAACACCUGGUCCUGUAUUACUUGACGUGACACGAAGUUAGGCAAGCUAUCAAAUUAUUAAUGUAACAUGAGAAGGAGUAUAUUAAAUGAGACUUGUAGACAAAUGAAAUUAAAUUGGGCAAGAAAAAAUAGAAAAAAGAAAAAAAAAAAUUAUUAAUAAUAAUAAUUAAACUCCUGUAUUUCAAAGAGUUUAUUAAUUGUAAUAUUUUGUUAGGUCUUGAUGUAUUAUCAGAAAUUAACACACACAAACAACAUCGUAAAUAUGAAAAUAAAAAAUUAAAAAACACCAUUUGAGUGCAGGUCACUUGCUAAGUCGUUUUGUCGUAUUAAAAAAUUAAACGAUGAUGAUAAUAAAAAUUUAAAGAAAAACACGGAAUUAAGCACUUGAAAUCACAGAUAAAAUUAUUUUUAUUAUUUGAAAAUAUUAAAAACAAGUUACCAAUUCAUUUAGUUAUGGUUUAACUCUGUAUAUUCUUCCGAUAAAUAAUUAUUACAAUUAUUUAUUUAUUUAUUAUUAUUCGGUUGUUUAAAUUGAGAUUAAAAGACAUUAUUUUGGUAUUUAAAUUACUAUUUGAAAAACGAAAAAAAAAUGAUAAUAAUGAUACGAGAAUUAUAGAUACUUGACUCACUGAGAAAAUUUAAAAAAAAAAUAAUUCGAAAUAUGGAAAUUAUUUAUUACCAUGUUUUCGAAAAGAUGACAAAAAAAAAAAAAGUAGUUAUGAGUUAUUAUUAAUCGCGGUACAAAAUACAAGAUAAACAUUGGAUAUUUUAAAUUAAAAAAAGAAAACAAUAAUUACGCUGAUUAUUAAUGCACGAAAAAAAAAA